UCCAGUGCAGACGGUCCCAGGAGAGCGCGCCAAGUGCCCGCGGGCUCCCCGGCGACGCGCAGGAUGCUCUCACCUGCCUCGAACCCCUCGUCUUGCAAAAUGUUCAAAACUGAAAAAAAAGAAAGAAAAAAAAUAUGUCGACGGCUGCAGAAGGGCAGAAGGCACCGCGCCGACCCCAGCCCCUAGUGCCAGCACCGGAGGCGGCGCGCCGUCCCACCCCACCCCCCUCCCCGCGCCGGCGGCCGCUGCUCCCCAGCGCUCCGCGGCCCCGCAGCGCCGGGCUCAGCGCAUCCGGCCACCCAUGUGCCGCGGCCCUGACAAGAGUGACGUCAGGGCCCGCACCUCGCGCCCAUAGGCGUGCGGGGGCGGGGCCACGCGCGGCCCCGCCCGCCUGGCCCGCUUGCCCCGCCACCGUGUGUUUAGCGUCGCCGCGCGCGCCGAUUUUCCGGGACUUUGCAGCGCUGGAUGGUUACAGGGGAGUAGGUGCCAGAUUCCCUGGGCCAUCAACUUACGCUCCGAAGCAGUUGCGGACGGCUGCUCAAGAGAAACGAACAGGAUAGAAGAAAUCAAAGGUUAUAUUGGUUGGGUAGUAAGACCCUCUGAAUUCUACAGGAUAAUUCUCAAAUGGACAUAUCCCUAAUGAACACUAACCCCAAUCUGCACAUAUGCCCAGAGAUGGCUGCCGCUCACAAGUGCUUAGCACUUGUCCACUUACAGAGCCCUUCCAUGAGUGUCAUAUCAUGUAGUCUGACAAUUCCAUGAGGAAAGCAAUGAUUCUGAUUUUUGAUUGCUGUGUAACAGAUCACUCCAAAACCUAGUGGCUUAAAACAACCACCAUUUUAUUAUUUCUCAUUAUUCUGCAAUCUGGGUUAGUCUCAGCUGGGACACUGGGGUGGCUGGUCUUCUCUUUCUCUUCACCUGGCCUCCUUAUACUAUAGAUUCAUUUUGCUUGUUUUACAAUUUCAUGCAAGUGAAAUCAUACUGUAUGUACUCUCUUGUGUGUAGCUUCUUUCACUCUGCACAAUAUUUUUGACAUUCACCAAUGUUGCAUGUAGUUCAUUUCUUUGUAUUCGUGAGUAGUAUUCCGUUGUAUGAAUAUACAAAAGUUCAUCUGUUGUAUUGGUGGACAUUUGGGUUGUUUCCAGUUUUUAGGCACGAAUAAAAUGUUUAUGAGUAUUCUUGUCUGA